UUUGAUGUUAUUGUUGCUGAUUUGCUCUCUCUACCAUACCGGCCUGCUAGCUUCGACUUUUUUAUUUGCGUUGCGGUAAUUCAUCAUUUUUGUACAGAAGAACGCCGCAUCGAUGCUUUGAAAGAACUGGCUUAUCUUUUAAGGCCUGGAGGCCGUGGACUCAUUACGGUAGCUCUAGGCUUUACUUUACCUAUUCAUUUAGCUGUUUUUAAGUAUGGGCCAAAGAGCAACAUGCACCUACUCAGAGUUCUGAGCCAGGACUUGCCUCAGCCUAUCUACGUUUUGAGCAGAAAGCCAAAAGGCGUGCGCAGAAAUUUAAAGCAUCAGCUUCAGAUUCAACACCAAACUCUCUAUCUAACAAGAUUGGCUCGAAUUCCAAUAGAAAAAGAGACAAUCUAG